AUGGCCUCCAAGAACGUUGAAAAGACGCGAGCCCGCCUCGAGAAACGCAUCGAGGAAGGCGCCUACUACGAAGCUCACCAGCAGCUGCGGGUCGUCUCGCAGCGCUACGUCAAGGCAAAGGACUACAGUGCCGCCAUCGAGAUCCUGUCGUCGGGCGCGCAGGCACUGCUGAAAGCUGGCCAGGGCGGGAGCGGGUGUGAUCUGUGUCUGCUCAUGAUUGAGGUGUUCAAGACGUCAAACUCGAGCCCCACGGCGGCUUUGAAGGCGCAGGUAAUGCAGCUGAUCACGCUGAUCAAUCCCGAGGAGCCCGGGCGGAAGAGGGUCAUCAAUGAGACGAUAGCCUGGACAUCCAAGCACGGCGAAUUCCCCGCCGGCGACCCAGAACUCCACCACUUUAUCGGCCACCUCUUCGCAAAAGAGGACAACGUCUACGACGCCGAAAAGCACCUAAUAGUCGGCACGCGCGACAGCGCCCCCGUGCUCACCGACCUCCUCUACAGCUGGUACAGCGAAGACGAGCCGCACACCGCACCGACAUACAUCGCGCGCGCCGUGUUCCCCUACCUGCUGAUUGGCAACCUGCGCGACGCCUCGCGCUGCCUGCAGCUCUUCACGGCCGAGCUGGUCAAGCACAACAGCGGCGGGGGGCUCGUGGUGCAGGAGGUGCAGUCCGCAACGAGCGACUUCCGGGUGUUCCCCGCGCUGCCGCUGCUCAACUUCUUGGGACUGCUGCUGCUCGCGAUCCAGAGUGGGGGUGCGGAUGUGUUUAGGGGCCUCAAGAGCCAUUAUGCGGGGGCGUUGAAGGAGGUGAAGGGGUGGGAUGAGAUUCUGGACCAGAUUGGGGAGAUAUAUUUCGGGAUCCAGAUCAGGCGGUCCAAUAAUCUGUUUGACAUGAUGGGCAACCUGUUUGGCGGGAACCCUGCGGCCGCAGCGCCAGCGAGACAGAUAGGCGGUGCUGCCUCGGGAACGCAGCCCCCGUGGACCUAG